UCUCUGUCAGUGUGAAUCUCCCUGGGGUCCAUCACCAAGGCUCCUACGUCUGUUUCUUUGGGGAAAGCUACUAUUUUUCCACAGUCUGUGAAUAGCUCCUAAUAUAUCUCUGGAAGGUGGACCAGCUCUCGUAUACACCCGAAGACAACACCUGAAUGCUGAGUUUGAUGCUUUUAAAGGAUUCAGGGAAGAGUCAUCACCAUGGAAAAACUCAACUUUACAAAACUCAGAGAAAACUUUGGAGGAGCUACAGACAGUUUUCACAAUGAGUGAAGAUUACUUCAUUUGAUGUCUUAAGGAUUCUUCGGCCUCAUUACUGAACAAUGAGGGAGUCUGGAAUACAGAUGUGUACUUUUACUUUGAAACCUUUACUAUGAAUCAUGGAGGAAAACAGUUCAUUUCUGAACCCUCAGUACAAUGACAGCACCACUGUUUGGGCACCGAUGCCCUCAGCUCCCAGCAGACAGCUGGGCACCCUUCCCAACCCGCAGACAUGCUUCAAGGACCUGGCAGGGAUAUUUUUCAUGGUGACCCUGAAUGUUCUGGCACUUCUUGCCAACACUGCUGUUCUGGUUGUUGUCAUAAAAGCCCCCCAUCUCAGGAAAUUUGUCUUUGUGUGCCACCUGUGUGCAGUGGACCUGCUGUGUGCCAUCUUGCUCAUGCCCCUUGGGAUUGUGUCCAGCUCCCCAUACUUUGCUGGUGUGGUGUUGACAGUACUGGAGUGCAAGGUCUACGCCUUCCUCAAUGUAAUCCUCAUGGCUGCCUCUAUCUUCACCAUCACAGCCAUCAGUGUGGAGCGCUACUACUACAUCGUCCACCCCAUGCGCUAUGAGGUCAAGAUGACGCUGAAACUGACUGCAGCCGUGAUAGUGAUGGUGUGGGUGGCCUCUGCCGUGCUGGGGUUGUCCACCGUGUUCGGGUGGCCGUCCUAUGGCAGCCUGAGCUCCAUCAGUGCCGCACACUGCUCGCUGUACUGGAGCCACAGUGACCACAGACGAGUCUUCUCUGUGUUCUUUUGUGUUAUUUGUUUCUGCCUGCCUGCUGUUGUGAUUUUUACCGUCUACUGUAAUGUGUACAAGGUGGCCCGUGUGGCUGCCCGCCAGCAUGGACCCCUGCCCUUGUGGACAAACAGUCAAGUGAAGCAUCGCUCUGACUCAAUAAACAGCCAGACUACCAUCAUCACAACCUGCAACGCCCCACGUAGGAUUAUGCGUGACCGGCCUUUUGGUGGAGGUAAAGCUGCUCUCAUGCUGGUGGUUAUCGUUGGCCAGUUUCUGAUCUGCUGGCUGCCUUACUUCACCUUUCACCUAUAUCUGAUGAUAGAUGCAACACCCCAAAUUCCAGUUGACCUGAAGGAAACAGUCACCUGGCUUGCAUACUCCUCCUUUGCUAUUAACCCAUUUUUUUAUGGGCUUCUUAACCGGCAGAUCAGGGAGGAACUUUGCAAGCUCAGGCGCUGCUACUCAGCUCGGCCAGUGGAGCUGGCCGUGUCCAGCCAUGAGGGCUCAGGCCACGAGAACUUCCUGCAGUUCCUCCAUAGGACCAGCUGCACAGUUGAGACACGUGCAAGCUUUGCCACAUCCAGUCCCAGAAGCACUCUGGAUCAAACAGGGCAGACUGAUUUCAGGAUACCAGGACAGAUCCCUGAAGAGUUCAGUUAGAUAUACCUCACUGUUGUGCCACAGCAUUAGUAGCCUGCAGGACUAUCACAGCUACAAAAUAACAAGUGACCCAGUACUUAAUGACUGUCUGCAAUACCUCUGUUAACUGUAUCUGCAUACAAUGAAAGUUAAGAUGUAAGAAAUUAACUGUUUAUGAAAUUUGAUACACUUUUUUCCUUUUAUAAAGAUCACACUCAGACACACUACUGGAAUAGAAAGCUAUGGACACCGUUUAUUGAAUUAUUGUUACUGUAUUUGUGUGUAAACUACCGUAAGUUACUAAUCUUAUAAGGAACACUUUGUUAUUACUAGCUACUAAAACAAAGUUACAUUUUUUUAAACCACCAAUCAUUACAUAUAUUUUAUGAAAAAGCAAUGAACACAAAUAUCAUAUUAUACUUGAAUAGUAAGUCAUGACAAUAUAAUCAGUAUACAGAUCUACAGGUAAAUACUUUCUCAAGUGAGCAGUCAUUCAUUUUUCACAAGUUCUUAAGACUAACUGUUUUUAUAGGAGUUAUCAACAUAGCAGCAAUAUUCUUUGUACAACUUAUUCAGUGUUGUUAUGUUGUAUUUAUGUUGCAGGCAGGAAUUCGUGUGAACUUUAUUUAUUGUACUCUAUGAACACAUCACGUUUUGUUAAAAAAUGUAUUGUUUCUCAUUGCUUUAAAUGUGCAAAUAAACACUGGUUACUUUCAUAAUUUAAGCAGCUCUUAGCUAGUAAGCAUUUUAUCUUACAGUAAAUAUUAUAUGUGCAUAGCACAUUGGUCUGUAGGCCUUCUAAACAGAUUAAAUGUGGGCAAGAAAGUUGACUGGCCAGUCCGUCUUAUAAAUGGGGUUAUUUUCACCAAUAACUUUGUAGCAGAAAAUGAUUCACUUCACUCUGUUCACUUCUAAUCAUUAAUCUUCCUUGGGCAGCCUGUAGCGGUGGAGGGGCAGCCAGGUGAUCCAACUGUCCCGUAACCACGAGAUCAACAGCCAGCCUCUCCAUUAAAAGUCACAUGUCCUGUCAAUUUGUCAAAGUAUCCUCAAGCUCACUCUCUGUAAAUCGCUUUGGAGGAGUGUGCCAACUAAAUGCUCUCAAGUGUAAAAGAGAAAUUCUUAUCUCUCUCCGAUUACAAAAAGCAGUAAAAAGAGCCAUCUGCAUUAGCAACAUGAGAUUUUCAUGCAUGUGCACGUUUUCUGUGUAUGUUUGACAUCGUGUUACUGUGCAGACUCUCUGGGUCCUGACCUCCAUGUGUCCAUUUAUGAAAAGCCUGUGACUAAGACUGAACCCAGUUACCACGUGAUUAUAGAAGGAGAUAAUGCCAUUUCAUAACAGGUGAAGUGGUUGUCUCUAAUACCCUCUUAAUAUGUGUAAACUGGCAGAUCAACAACUAUUUAUAUUUAGAAUCAUUUAUCUAUGACGACAACCUGUCAAACACUGUGAACAUUAAAUAAUGGUACGUUUGUUCUUGUUAAACUAGUUUAAUUAUUAAUACUAUUCACUCAAUAGUAGGCAGUUAGAUGAUGAUGUGCUGAUGUAUCUGUGGUGAAUAUUUUGCAGCUCUACACAGAUGAGACUUAAGGGAUCUCAUCGGAUAGACACGCUGAUGAAUGUCGACAAAUGAAGAGAGUACGCUGAGCUAAAGUUUUACCAACCCUGUAAACACCAUCAACUUAGAGAUAUAAACAUAAAUCAUGUAAACAUGUAAAAAUAACAGACACACACACACAAACUGAAAUCCUGAAACACAAGUAUUUUAUAGAUACCCGGAAAUGUUAAAAGCUAGAUAACAGAGUUCCAUUUAAUGGUUCCUGGCUGUAAACACAUUUACGUAUGUGCUGCAGAGUUUACUGUAACAAGUACAGUCAAAUAUAGUCAUCAAAGCUAACAUAAUAAAACAAGAAACCAGCAGUGAUUUACACCUGCAUGGAGGUUUGUUAUACA